AUGGUUAUACAUUAUUUAUGCAAUGGAGGAGUUUUCAAGAAUGCAACUGCAACAUUGGUUGAAGGAAAUAGUAAGCUUUGUGGGGGCAUACCUGAGUUUCAACUGCCAGAAUGCAAACUUCAACAUCAAGCAAAGGGAGGAUUGAGCCGAACCUCCAAGUUGAUAAUCUCUCUAGUCAGCGGGCUUCUUGGAAUAAGUUUUGAACUAUUGCUUUUGUACCUAUGCUGCUUACGGGCGAAGGGAACUAAGAAGCAAACUUCAAGUACUAAUUCAGAUAAUUUUCUUAAGGUUUCUUACCAAAUUCUUCUAAAAGCUACCGAUGGAUUCUCUUCUGCAAACUUGAUUGGCAUGGGGAGUUUUGGGUCCGUGUAUAAAGGAGUACUUGAUGAAGGUGAAAUGACAAUUGCUAUCAAGGUAUUCAACCUCGUUAAUCCAGAGGCAUACAAAAGUUUCACUGCUGAAUGUGAGGCUUUGAGAAAUAUUAGACACCGUAAUCUUUUAAAGGUUCUAUUGGCAUGUUCAGGUGUUGAUUACCGUGGCUUUGAUUUCAAGGCCAUAAUCUAUGAAUUUAUGGUUAAUGGGAGCUUAGAGGAAUGGUUGCACCCAGCUCAGUUAAUUGGUGAGACAAAUGAGAGACCCAAGAGCUUAACCUUUUCGCAGAGGUUGAACAUUGCUAUUGAUGUUGCUAUGGCUUUGGAUUAUCUUCAUAACCAUUGUGAAUCACCAAUAGUUCACUGUGACCUAAAACCGAGCAAUGUUCUUCUCAAUGAUGACAUGAUUGGGAAUGUAGGUGACUUUGGUUUGGUAAGAUUCCUUCCCGGAACUUCAGAAAAAGGUUCUGGUAAACAAUCUAUUUCCACCGGUCUUAAAGGAACUAUUGGCUAUACUCCUCCAGAGUAUGGUACGGGACAUGAAGUGUGGACACAAGGAGAUGUGUACAGUUUCGGCAUCCUACUGUUAGAAAUAUUUACAGGAAAAAGACCGACUGAUAACAUGUUUCAAGGAGCUUCAAACCUUCAUAACUUUGUGAAGGCAGCUUUGCCUGAUCAGGUGGUAGAGAUUGUGGAUCUUGUUCUAGUGGAAGAAAGUAUUGAUGGGGACAAGAGCGCAAGAAAUAGCGGCAGUAAGGAUAACAACUUUAAAGAAAGCUUGAUUUCAAUCUUGGAAGUUGGUGUCGCUUGCUCUGCGGAACUGCCUAGGGAGCGAAAGAACAUUAGUCAUGCUGUGGCUGAAAUGUGUCUGAUUAGAAGCAAACUUCGAGCAAGUUGAGAUAUAUGAAUUCGAGUAGAAGUACACUGUUGAUAUGCUACAUAUAGCAUGUAAUGUUAUUUCUUUAUAUCCAGAAUUUACAGGUCUAUUGAAGUUAAACUACAGUUCAAUCCUAA